GUUGACUAGUUGGCUUGCUAGCUCAGAAAAAGAAAACAAUAAGAAGAAAAAUUAUUGCAUGACUAGUUGAAUGAUGGGUGAUGUCGGCAAAUGGGCAGUAGUAGUUGGCUCCUAUAAAGAUAAGGCCACCAAGUAAGUAGUAUUAGGAACGAACGAAAGAAUAGAUCAGAUUAGAGAGCAAUUAACUAGCAUGCAAGCUAUGUCCUCCUCGCUUCAAACUGUUCUUCUGCAGCAGCAGCAAGAAGCUGCUGCAAAACUCCUGCUUGGGGUAUUUGUAAUUUCUGCAGCAAUAUUUGUACCAACAGCAGCAGUUGAAGUACCCAAUUCCAAUUGCAAUAGAACGUGUGGAUCGCUUGAAAUCCCCUACCCAUUUGGAACAUCCGAAGACUGCUACCUUGACUCAUCUUUUCUCAUUACUUGUAACUUCUCCUCCUCCUCCAACUCUGGGACGAGUGCUCCAACACCAUUUCUGCGCUUAGGCAACAUAAAGGUACUCAAUAUAUCAUUGGAUGGUGAAUUGCGAGUCACAUCUUCUGUAACCCGUGAUUGCCCACAGAAAUCAGACUAUAAUGCCAAUGACAGCUAUAAUGUUCUCGUCCUAAAAGAGUUUCCCAUCUCGUAUACAAAGAAUGUGCUCACCGCAGUCGGUUGCGACACUCUGGCGCUCAUUACAAGUUCAGAGUCUUCAGACAAGAAGUAUAUGACUGGAUGCGUGGCACUCUGUGAAAGCAUGACCGGUAUGGUUAACGAGUCUUGCUCUGGCAUAGGUUGUUGCCAAACUUCUAUCCCAGAUGGAAUAAAUGAUUUUACUGUGACGGUUGGCAGCGUUAACAACCACUCCAAUGUGAGCAAAUUCAGUCCAUGUGGUUUCGCCUUUGUAGUGGAAAAAAAAGAAUACAACUUUUCCACAUUAGAUCUUCAGAAUAUGCAAAAUAAAGAUGCUUUUCCCUUAGUGCUAGAUUGGGCAAUUGGGAACCAGACAUGCGAAGAUGCUAAAAAGAAUAUUACAGGAUAUGCAUGUAAGGCAGCGAAUAGUGAAUGUUACAAUUCCACAAACGGUCCUGGAUAUCGUUGCAACUGCUCCUCGGGCUAUUACGGAAACCCAUAUCUCUCUGGUGGUUGCAAAGAUAUUGAUGAGUGUAAAACUCCAAAUCAUGACUGCGCUGUUAAUGCAUGCGUCAACCUUGUGGGGUCUUACAGCUGUUCUUGCCCCAUGGGGUACCAAGGAGAUGGGUGGAGAAAUGGAAGUAGUUGCACUCCCGUUAUUCCUAAACCAAGCAAUUCUAAGAAUAUCAUCAUUGCACUUUGUAUCAGCAUUAGUCUCCUAGUCUUGCUCUUGGGAGGUUCUUCGGUACUUUUGGGAUUGAAAAGACGGAAGCUCAUAAAACUCCAAGAAAAGUACUUCCAACAAAAUGGUGGCUUGAUGUUACAAGAACAUAUUUUGAAUCAGGGAAGGUCUAUGGAGACAACAAAAAUCUUUACCAAUGAUGAGCUUAAGAAGGCCACCAACAAUUAUGAUGAGAGUAGAGUCCUUGGCAAAGGGGGUUAUGGAACUGUUUACAAAGGUGUAUUACCCGAUAACAAAGAGGUUGCCAUCAAAAAGUCUAAAAUCUGUGAUAAGAGCCAAAUCGAGCAAUUCAUAAAUGAGGUGAUUUUGCUUACCCAAAUUAAUCAUAGAAAUGUAGUUAAGCUAUUAGGUUGUUGUCUUGAAACAGAAGUUCCCUUACUUGUAUAUGAAUUCAUCACAAAUGGGACUCUUUCUGACCAUAUUCAUGAUAUAAGUCGGGCUUCUUCUCUUUCAUGGGAAAAACGUUUGAAGAUAGCAACAGAAACAGCAAGAGCCCUUGCAUACCUGCAUUAUGAAACUUCUAUGCCAAUUAUACAUAGAGAUGUGAAAAGCACAAAUAUAUUGUUAGAUGAUAACCACACAGCAAAAGUGGCUGACUUUGGAGCUUCAAGGUUGAUAGCUCUUGAUCAAACAGAAAUAACUACCUUGGUGCAAGGAACUCGUGGGUACUUAGACCCUGAAUACUUCCAAACUAGCAAGUUAUCAGAAAAAAGUGAUGUGUACAGUUUUGGUGUUGUGUUGGCAGAGCUGUUGACAGGUGAACCGGCAAUUUCUUCCUGUAGGCCUGAAAGUUACAAAAACCUAGCAAUGUUUUUUGUUUCUACAGUUAAAGAAGAUCGUCUGCUUCACAUUCUUGAGGAUCACAUUGUCAAUGAAGGUAAUAUUGAGGCAUUAAAGGAAGUUGCUAAUCUUGCAGAAGGGUGCUUAAGGUUAAGAGGGGAGGAUAGGCCCACUAUGAUGGAGGUGGCAAUGGAGCUUGAAAGAUUGAGAAUUAUGGAAAAGCAUCCAUGGGGAAAGGAUAAUCAAACCACAGAAGAAACAGAAUAUGUGCUUUGUACACCUACAGUCCCUUUCAACAUUGAUAUUGGAGUUGGUUCUUCUGUAAGUGGAGUUAGUGGACCUGAUAGCAUGAUAAACCAAAUCUUGAAACCCCUAGAUGAUGGCCGAUAAGGAGUUAAGUCCACAAUAAUUGAUUUAUAUAAAUCAAUGAGAUCCAUUCAUGAAUUUCUAUAUGCCUAUUAAUGUUGUGUAAUAAUGGUGUAGACUACCUUGUAAGAUUAUUCAGUACGUUUUUCUGGUUC